AUGGCGUCCACCGGCCCAUCCGCCGCCGCCUCUGCUGUCCCGCUGACGGCGUCCUUUGGCGCUGCUCCGCCGCCGCCGCUGGCGCUCUCCGGCCAGUCCCGCUACAGGCCCGCCUGCGCGGCUCUGCCGCCGCCGGCGUCCUAUGGCGCGACCCCGUCACCGCCAGCGCUCUCCGGCCAGUCCGCCGUCGCCCCGCCGCCGACGCCGCCUCUGCCUGUCGACCCCUUGCUAUUGCGCAGGGCGUUUGAUGCGCCCGCUCCCAUGUACGGGAAUCCUACAUACGGUGCUCCGCCCGUGUACGGGUCUACCGGGUACUGGUGGGGGUCGUCAGCAGGCCAGCACUCGCAGCAGCCUGACGGCGCCCUGCACUUGCAACAUCUGUCAGCGGGCCAGCAGGUUUCUCCGGCGGGCCACCCGGCCUACCCGGCACCGCAAUCGCAGUCGGGGCUACUACCCAUACCGUAUGGAGAGUACCCACCGCCGCAACCGAGCGGCGGCUACGGCCUCCCCAUGGCGUCUCCGUCCCCCUCGCCGGCCCUGCUGCCGGCGCCCUGGGACCCGGUGCUCCUCCCCGCAUUGCAUGCCGCUCCUACGCCGAAUAACUACACUGGAGGUGGUGAUUGGUACAUGGACACCGGUGCUACGGCUCACAUGUUUGGUCAUCAUGGUAACCUUGCCUCCUUCACUCCUGUCUCCACCGACCGCCGCAUCAUUGUCGGCGGCGGUUCCACACUUCCUAUCACACACAUUGGGCACACUUCUUUUCCUUCUAGUUCUACUCCAUUAUCUUUGUCUAACAUACUUGUGUCACCUCAUCUUAUUAAGAAUCUCAUUUCUGUUCGUUGUUUCACUCGUGAAGAUCCUGUUACCGUUGAAUUUGACGAGCUUGGUUUUUGUGUCAAAGACACUCGAGCCAGGAUGUUUGGGCGUCCCAUUCUUGCACUUCAGACGUACAAUGGAAAAGAGUUUGACAACCUUGCUUUCCGCACCUUUUUGUCGCAUCACGUUACAGUUUUCCGCCUCACAUGCCCGUACACUUCGCAGCAGAACGGUCAUGCCUAA